UCCGCUGACAGUAAAAUGCAACAGAAAUCCGCCGUGGAGAAUGAGACGAGCGCGGACAAACAGCGAGUCUGGAGCAGUCUCCAGGAAAAUUCUGAUAAACAAAUCUAUGAGCUUAAUUUUGUUCGCACGGGCAGUUCUGUUGGUGAUGGAACCCCUUUGUCACCAUCAGCAGACUCAGAGGGGCUCCUCAGCAAGAACACGAACAAGCAGGACGACCUCAGCCUUUCACGUAGUAACUCGGGCGAGUCGCGUGACUGCGGACUGGACGGUGGCAACUGCAUUCGGUGGGACACGCCCCGCGAGAGACGAGAUCCGGUUUCUGACGGGCUGUGGUCUAUCAGAGAGACCGCCUGCCGCGCCUGGGGGCUCGCUCUGUGGCUGUUGCAAGGCAAGCAGCACCUGUGGCCAAGCGUCCAUCCGGAGCUGCCAAGCCUCGCGCCUCGCUGCCAGGUGUUCGGUCAAGCCACGGGCUGGAUUCAGUCCCCCGGCUACCCCCGGGCCUAUCCCAGUAACCUGAGACACUGUUACAGGUUCCUGCGUCUCUCAGGCUUCUGCGAAGUUCACCUCUUCGUGACGGACUUCUCCUUGGAGCCGAGCGAGAACUGCGUGAAGGACUAUCUGCUUUUCGGCGGCCAGUGGCGUUACUGUGGGGAGUCGUUGUCAUCCACGGGCACUGUCCUGGACAUGGCGGUGAUCCCGUAUCUUGACCUCGUGUUCGUCUCGGACAGCCAGUAUUCUGGUCGCGGGUUCAGAGCCUUGUACCGACACGUCCCGUGCGCGAGACGCGUGGAGACGCCCCGGGCCGACUGCGGGCUGGUCACUAACCGCGAGAACUUCACCCUGGCCGGGAGUGGCAAUACGAGCCAGGACUCGUGCGUCUAUCGCAUAUCACGGCACAGCACAGCCGUCUGCAGCCUUCAGUUGGCCCUCUCGACUUUCAACCUCGUGUGCGGCGAAGAACAUGUUCAAAUCGGCGACCACUUCUACUGCGGACCUCUGUCAGGACGAUCCGUUGAAGUGGAUUUCUUCAAGCCGGAAAUAAGGAUCGUUUAUCGGAGAACGAGUCUUCGAGGUCAAGGGAAUUUCCUGAUCGAAGGUCGGCAGUUGGAGAAUUGCGAUUUUGGGCUUUCGGAUGUUCCGUUAGCUGCCAGGGUAUCCAAUUCAUCGACGCGGUGCGACAUUCAGCUGUCAGAAAUGCGAGGAUUUGCUGUUUGUCCCAAACCCCAGCUGUCAUCUUCCCAGCCCGCGGCUUGCAGCUACGUCAUCAGGCCACAGAAGGGAAUGUGCGCCGUGAGGCUGGAGUUCGGCUCCUUCCACGUGCCCUCGGAAGGCGACAACUGCACUUCGGGCUUCCUGGAGUUGCAGAGACGCAGGUUCUGCGAGGACCAGCUGGACCACAGGAGCACAGUGGUGAAUUUCGACGGACGAGCGUACAGAGUUCCAUUUUACUUCGCCCCAGGCAGCCCUGGCACUCCCCAGUGGAACUUCACGUACUCUCAGCUUCCCUGUCCAGAACCGGCCAUGAAGGGGACUGCUUAGCCGACGACCGCCGUCGUCCAGCCAUCCCGACGACUUUCGGUUCUGACGUUUUACGUUCAUUUUGUGAAAUGACUUAAGUCACUAGUCGCCAUACUAGGCUAUUAGUUUUGCUUGUUUGUUUAACAACACUUUGUCAGCUACACCAGUUAUGUGGCUUCACGUGAUUGACGAACUGGAAAGAAUGUGGAAGGCGGAUUUAGGGAUUCCGACGGAAGACGACAAUCGACAUUUCAGGUGAAAGAUGGAGCGUCACUUUCCGAUCAGUUGCCCCGUGCACUGACUUCGCGGGGCACAAGACACUCGAUGGCACAGGAAAUUAACUUUUGCAAGUUCGGCCCGGAAACAGGUGUCUGGUACGUCUCGUGUCCAAUGAGUGGCGGGACAAAACGACCGAGACGUGGAGCCAGUGUCGAGGUUAAGAAUGCGCUUCGUCCAGAAAAGUUUACCCCCUCAUGGCUUAAUGACGAAUAAAUUUGUCUACUAGAAGAUUCUCCGUCUUCUGAAAAUAAAAAUAGAGCGUGGAAA